UUAUUAGCUCCCAUCACCGUAACAACAUGAAAUUAUCAUAAAAUUUUAAGUCAUUUUAAUUCUAGAGGAUUCUUAAUUUCCAUCAUAUAAAGUGAGUUUUUUCAACCAACCAAUCAUUACUGAAAACAACUUCGAUAAGUUCAAGCUAUCCGACUGAUUUAAAAUUUGUGAAUCUUUCCAAGCAAUCUUUACUUUGUUACUACAGUUAAAACUACUUGUCAUCUCAACCUCCAACAACAAUUCAAAAUGACUUGCCCUCGACGCGUAGCUUCUAUUCAUAUUCCUCCAAUAAUGAUGAACCCUUUUGGCUUUGGUAUGCAUAAUCGAAACAUUUGGAAUCAAGCAAGUCAAGUUUUCGAAGAAAUCCAACGUAUUGCUGAACAUUUAAAUCAAAAUUGUGAUUCAGCCGCAACUGCGGCUUGUUCAGCUUCAUCUUCAAAUAAUCAAACAUCGGCUGCUGCUCAUGUUGCUGGACCUUCAUCUGCUUCUUCAUCUAAUGGUGAUGCUUAUGAAGUGAAAAUUGAUGUUCAAUAUUUCAAGCCUGAGGAGAUCAAUGUUAAAUUGAUUGCUACAAAUACCCUGAUCAUUGAGGCUAAACACGAGGAAAAAUCAGAUGGAGAUGGAUUUGUGGCUCGAUCUUUUACUCGGCGCUAUUUGAUCCCAGACAGUUAUGAUACGCAGAAAAUUGAAUCACAAUUGGGUCUUGAUGGCAUCUUGACUGUUAAAGCUCCAAGAAAGCGGCUUGGAGGUGCUAAUGGAGACAAAAUUAUACCAAUUACAUUGACCUCCAACCUGUCAUCUAAUCCAGUAAUUGUCACACAACCAGAAACAGGAUCAACAUCAUCAAUAACUGAGCAAACUGCUAAAGAUGGUAACAAUCAACCAAUUUCUGCUCCAGAGAAGCCAGAAGUUUCCAAAAAUGAUUAAUUAUUUGUCAUUUAGUCAUUUCAUUUAGAGUUUGUUUAUACAGUUUAUACAAAUGUGUUUGUAAUGUGUCAAACUGUUGACAAAUUAUUAUCUGGAUGACAGAAAAAGAUGUAAACAUGUUAUUCAAAUAUCAUCUUUUUUUCCUCAAUUUAUACUAUUUACUUUUGAAUCAUUGUUUUACUGGAAUAAAGUGACACCCAAUUGA